GGAGGACCGAGGUUGUCUCCACUUUAAAUCACACGCAGCUCUAGCGGACCUUCACUUUUUGCAUCCUCUUCCUCCUCUGUCGAGCACUUCUCUCCUCCUCUUUCGUCGCUCCUCUCCCUGUAUUUCUAGCUCCUCAGCGCCAUCCACAAUCUGUUAUUUUACCUCCUCGACCGACGCGUGAAACCCCAAAAGACCUGUCACCAUGGAGGCCAUCAAGAAGAAGAUGCAGAUGCUGAAGUUGGACAAGGAGAAUGCCCUGGACCGGGCAGAGCAGGCCGAGACGGACCAGAAAGCAGCAGAGGAGAAAUGCAAGCUGCUGGAGGACGACCUGCUGGCUCUGCAGAAGAAGCUGAAGGGAACAGAAGAUGAGCUGGACAAAUAUUCUGAGGCUCUGAAGGACGCUCAGGAGAAACUGGAGCUGUCCGAGAAAAAGGCCGCGGACGCGGAAGGCGAUGUGGCGUCCCUGAAUCGCAGGAUCCAGCUGGUGGAGGAGGAGCUGGACCGGGCCCAGGAGAGGCUGGCCACGGCCCUGCAGAAGCUAGAGGAGGCUGAGAAGGCAGCGGACGAGAGCGAAAGAGGCAUGAAGGUGGUGGAGAACAGAGCCAUGAAGGACGAGGAGAAGAUGGAGAUCCAGGAGCUGCAGCUCAAGGAAGCCAAACACAUCGCAGAGGAGGCUGACCGCAAAUAUGAGGAGGUGGCCCGUAAGAUGGUGAUCCUCGAGAGCGACCUGGAGAGAGCAGAGGAGAGGGCAGAGGUUGCAGAAGUGAAGUGUAGCGACUUGGAGGAAGAGCUGAAAAACGUCACCAACAACCUGAAGUCUCUUGAGGCCCAGUCUGACAAGUACUCAGAGAAAGAAGACAAAUAUGAGGAAGAGAUCAAGGUCCUGAGUGACAGACUUAAGGAGGCGGAAACCCGUGCGGAAUUUGCAGAAAGGACAGUGACCAAGCUGGAAAAGUCCAUAGAUGACUUGGAAGAUAAUCUAUCGCAUGCAAAAGAGGAAAACGUAGGAAUGCAACAAGUCCUGGACCAAACACUGCAGGACCUUAAUAACUUGUAAAAACGCCAGCGAGAAGAAGCACCUCAGACGAAGUUUUGUAAAAGAGAAAACAUUCCCUCCAGCUUCUAUAGCCCAACAAUAACCACAACAACAACAACACAUUUAGUCCUUUUUAUAUAUUUAUGGUUAUUUGUUCCCUCCCCGUCCUCCCUUUUUAUAAUGGUUUUGGGUCCAUAUGAUUUAAAAUUUUGGCGCUGGAACAUUUUGUUGAAUAAAACCUGACCAGGAUGACAAUCA